CCUGCCCCCUGGAUUCAUUCAUUCAUUCAUUCUCCCUCCCCUCCUUCCUUCCUACCUAAUCCUAGAGGAGCAUAGCUAGGGUUCCUCCCCGCAGCCGUCGCCUCCUCUCCUCUCCUCACCCCGCCGCCGCCGGCCAACGAGAUCCAGCCAGCGAGAUCCGACCGACGCCGUCUCCGUCUCCGUCUCCGCCUCGCUGCCGCCGCCUGCUUCGGCAUGUCGCAUUCCAACGAAGUAAGGUACACCGCGCGCUCCAUCACGCCUCCGGCAGACAGGGACAGCGGCUCCAAGUCGCCCCCACCACGGAGGCGCGCGGCUUCCAAGUCGCCUCCCCUGCCUCCCCCUCCCCCUUUCCCUCCCAAGGGGGUGCGCACCAUCUCGAGGUCGCCUCCACCUAGUAGUAGAAGACGCAGCGUCUCGAGGUCCCCUCCACCAAAGAGGCGCGGCAGGUCCAGGUCCAGGUCCAGGUCCAGGAACAGGAGCCGCUCCAGGAGCAGAGACAAAGACGAUGUGAGGAAUCCUGGCAACAACCUCUAUGUCACUGGACUGUCCACACGGACGCAGGAAACUGACCUGGAGAAGUUCUUCAGCAAAGAGGGCAAGGUUAAAGACUGCCGUGUCGUUAUCGAUCCUCGUACGAAAGAAUCACGUGGCUUUGCGUUCGUGACCAUGGAGAAUGUUGAGGAUGCAAGGCGCUGCAUCAAGUACCUGCACCGUACUGUACUUGAAGGCCGCCUCAUCAGUGUGGCAAAGGCAAAGAGAACUCGUGAGAGGACCCCUACCCCUGGAGAAUACUGUGGUCCGAGAGGCGGGCGCUCCCGGGUGGAGCCGCGGCGGAGCCGUUCUCCACGCCGUUCCAGCAGGUCGUCGAGGGACCGGUCAAGGUCGCCGGCCGCAAGGAGGGACAGGGACAGCAGGGACAGGAAGCGCGACUGAAUGAAACAAGGCAAGGGGAGAAACAAAAUGAUGCUAAAAUCACAUAUCGCCGCGAGUUGUCGAGUAUGAAUGUGUCUUGGAUUCUUUGUUGCUGAAUGAAUGUUUGUUUGAUGAAGGAGGACUCUAGUCAGUAUUUCUGCUGGAUGCUUUCUUUAGAUAAGCAGCUGAUUUGUCUUGUCUUUCUGUUUUAUCAGAGGAGAGGAUUUCCCUAACAUUCAUUUCUUUUUAGGUUUUGUGUUGUGUAUGGACGAUGAAGGCGCAUUUCGUGUUUUUAAGGUUUCUCGCUAUCGAAUCGGAUGCGUCUAUUUGGUUGUAUGAGCACC